CCUUUUAGGAGUACGCGAAGUUCGGUUCGGUGCAAAAUUGUGAGCCAGCAAUUUUAAUUGAAGCAAAAUUGCAUCAGUGAGUGGUUUCCCACUGUUACCCCCUUUAUGUGGAAUAUUGGAUAACCCCUAGCUUGGAAGUGUGCUAUACCCAGUUUACCAGUGAUUCAUUGUUUUAGAGUAUUGAUCCAACAUCCUUGACAUGAUGGUACAGCGAAAACUGCAGUCACCGUACAGAACAGUGGAAUAAUACAAGAAAUGGAAAAUCGGUUUAGCUCAAACUGUCACCAGUAGUGUGUCUGUUUUUGUCGUACAAAGCAACUGGGCCGGGAUAGUACCAAUCUGGCCAACAGUGAAAGUGUAGAAUCUGCUCUCAGUGACUGUCACCCGAAGUUGAAAGGAUAUUCGGAAAGAGACCUUGUGCCCACCCUGUUGUACUCGUCGCACCGCCACCGGGUAUUGCUGAGUUGAUUGAUUUUCUCUUCUAAAUUAAUCCGGUUGUGUUUUUGUGUGGCCUUAUGUGUUACCUAAUUUCCCAUAUGAGUUUAUUGUUUACCAUCCUUGAAAAUGGAAAGACCGAGAGGUUCUAGGUUUUACACGAAAAGAUCGGAACACUAUAAUAAUCUGCAGAAGCAAGAAGAGGAAAAACUUAAUAACAACAAUAACAACAAUAAUCUACACCAGGCGGCUGCCCAUCAACAUCAUAAUCAUCAUCAGCCUCUGCACGCUAGUUCGCAAAAUCAGCAGCAGCAUCUUCAGCAGAGUCCGCAUCCGUUGAAAGACAACUCCAACAUUCAGCAGCGCCAGUCGUCCGUGGUGAAGAUCGAACUUUUGCGCAACCCCCAACCGGAAGCGCAACAAGGCGGAGCCAGACUAAUCAAAACCGGCGCCCAAUCGCCAGCAGCAGCAUCGACGGCUCCCACGCAGCUGUCGCCUCACACAACCCCAACCAGCGGCAGUCCUUCGACGGUUUCUCAUCUCCGCUCGAUCCGUCCAUUUCCGGCGUCUACGGCCAGCAGUUCGAACAGUUCCACUACAACCACUUCCAGCGGUACAUCCACUGCCACAGCCGCCGGCGAACGGCCCCUGAAGUGUUUGGAGACUCUCGCCCAAAAGGCCGGAAUCACUUUUGACGAGAAGUACGACCUUCCCAACCCUACGCUGGAGAAGUCACAGAGCCCGGCGCAGGUGGCACAGCAAUCGUCGGUGCCCCUGCAGCUGUCCCAGGAGCAGCUGUUUCAGCAGUUCCAACAGUUCCAGCAGGCCUACGCCGGUGCUACGAUUCAGGUUAAGCAGGAGUUCAACCCGCAGCAGCAACAGCAAACGAAUGCCGGCGGUGGCCUGGACCAGCAACAACAACAUCAACAACAGGUGCAACAAAUGCAGGUCCUAGAGGCCAGUGGUGGGGCUCCCGCCCAGAGUCCUCACCACGCGCAAAACGCUCAAACUCUGCAACAACAGCAGCAACAGUCGGCAACUAUUAACACAAUGUCCCCCCUUCAGGCAAUGGCCGCUGGUCAACAACUCUCCGCCGAUUGGCAACACGGCCGCGUCCAAGUGCUCCAACAGCCCAUUCAAAACCAAUGGCAACAUCUCUACGGUUCCCAGCAGCUCGUUCUUCAUCCCAGCAUUGGAGGCCAACAGCAGAUUCAACUGAUUGCCGCCUCGAAACCAUUUCAGGGAACACCCCAGAUGUUGACCACUCAGGGCAAGCAGGUAAUCGGAGCUGGAGCCGGCAAUUUCAGCGGAGCCUACGCCCUGCCAACUAUACCCUCGAGCCAAUCGCAAACGCUGCUAUUCAGUCCCGACGUUCAGAAGCAACUGACAGUAGCUGCUGCGGCCGCCGGUCAAAAGGUUCAGCUACAGAAGAUCGGUACCAGCAUUUCGGCAGCCGGUCAGCAGCAGAAUGUCGCAACCCUCACCCAGCAGCAAGCAGCUGCCGGUCAACAGUGCGUACAGGUUUCGCAAGCGACAAUGCCAGCAGCUCAGUUGCUCAGUCCGCUGCAGCAGCAAGGAGCCCAGCAGAUGCAAUUUACAGCACCUUGGCAGAUGGGUCAACUGUGGACCGCCAACGGUCUCCAGCCGCAGAUCCUAGCUUCCAAUCCAAUCAUUUUCCGCGGAACUGGUCCCGAUGGAAGCAGCAAUAUGUACAUUCAGCCUCAACAAGCACUGCAGCAAGCUGCCGCUCAGGCGCAUAAUCAAACUCUAACACUGCCAUGCACAAUAGCGCAGCAGCCUCAACAAGCACAACAGCAGCAACAACAACAACAACAACAGCAGCAGCAACAACAACAACAAGUUCAACAGCAGCAACAGCAAACUCAGCAGGCGCAGCAAGCCCAAGCCAACCAACAACAGCAGCAGCAACAGCAGCAACAACAACAGCAACAGCAGCAAACCACGCCACACGUUCAACAGCAGCAGGUUAAUGUAGCAAACCAACAGCAAAACACUGCCCAGGCAACAAUUCAGCAGAAAACGGCAGGCCAUUUGGCUCCGAAAACAGUUCAGCGACCACAGAUAUUGCCCCAGGGAGCAUCGCCAAUUCGCCCGUCUGCGUCCACCCAAACGGUCCAGGCUCAACAGAAUUUACUCGCCAAAGGAGGCAAGAUUCGUACCAAACAGCAACCGGUACGUCCCUCCGGACCGGUGAUUAAAACGGCCGAUUUAGCCUCGGCGCAGGCCAAAAUUGGCCAACAGCAGCAGAUGCAGCAGGUGGUAACCACCGGUGGAAAAAUGGUUCUGAUGAAUACUGGAGGUCAAAUCAAUCAGACAUCCGUACUGAACAUUCAACCGAUGCUAACCACCGAUAAGCAGCAACAGUUGCACUUGCAGCAGCAAAUCAAAAAUGCUCAGCAACAACCACAACAGCAGCAACAGCAAUUGCUAUUACAGCAACAGGCAAUUCAGCAACUGCAACAGCAGCAUGCUUUGCAGCAACAACAGCAGCAGCAACAGCAACAGCAGCAAACCCAACAGCAGCAGAUCCAACAGCUUCAGCAGCAAUUCCUUCAGCACUCGGGUCCACAAAAUCAAGCCAACCAGUUGGUGGCUGGUGCUACUGCUCCCUCUGGCCAACAGGCUCAACUGAUUCAAACUUCUGCUGGUCCCCAGCAGGGAAACAUACUGCAACAGUUUGUCUUUCAGCAGCAAGCUCAGCCCAAUCAGUCUGGUAUUUCCAUGAUCAACGUAACUUCCUCUGAUUCUAUUCUGCAACACCAGCAGCAGCAACAACAACAACAACAGCAGCAGCAACAACAGCAACAACAACACCAACAACAGCACCCACAGCACCAGCAACAACAGAAUCAAACCAUGACCGCCAAGGGUCCCGCCCAGAUGAUCAUCACCAGCCAGCUGCCACAGGUUGGAGACCGUACCAGCAUUGCCCAGUCGCAAACGUUGCAAAUCGAGCGAACCAUUCUGCCGGUGGUUUCGAUUGCCGGAAUGACCUCCGCACCGAUUGUUGUUUCCAGCAAUGGAACAACCAUUUCUCCCAUCCACCAGCAGCAGGGACAAGCAGCGCAGCUGCAAGCAAAUCAACAAAAUGCCGCACAGCUGGCCGCAGGUCCAGCACAGCAAACAUCGCAAAUUCUCGUUUCUACCAUCCCAUCCUCGGUUCAUCAGCAGCAUCAACAGCAAAAUGCGCAAAAUCCGAUUGUGGCGAUGACCUCUCUGUCGGCGGCAAUGAUGGCCGUCAGUUCGAUCACUGCCACACCGGUGUCGUCCAGUAUGAUCACAACGAGCUCUGUCGCAGCAACCAACCACACACCGGUGGUUUCCACUUCCAUUACGACCAUGCCAACGACGAAGGAAAGUGCCGAUCUCAAGGCAGCCAGCGUUGCUAUGCUUCAGUUGCAACAUCUCUCCACCCCCCAGAAGCAAAUACAGCAUCAACAGAUGCUGGAAAGUAUGAAUGCUGCUGCAGCAGCUGCAGCGGCGGCAGCCGCUUCCGUAUCCAGUGCAGGGCCAAUGCAAUCCAUCGGUGGUUCGCCAAGCCAAAUUAGCAAUAGUUCCGGAGGCGGUACCACGCUGACGGUCACCAUGCAACGAGCGGCCUCGAUGACGCCCACCCAGUCCGGCAGCAGCAGCGGAAACCGUUCCAACGCUGGAACACCGAAUGCGGUCGAACAGAAGUCAUCGCUGGGACACCAUACACCGACCAAGAUGAUCGGCGUGACAAUGGCCGACACGACGGCCAAAGAUCGAUCGGUGGCCGAUGGCACGGCGAAAGAUUCCGUUCAGAACACGGCUGCCGCAGCGGACAGCGCAUCCGAUGCGCAAUUGAAUGCUCCAACGCCGAUGGACACCUCGUUGCCAGUAGCUCCGCUGGUUCCAUCGAACUCGACAACAACAACAACAGCAGCAGCACCAGCAGCAGCAACAACAGCAGCGGCAGUCUCCACAGCUUCCUCGGUGUCCAUCUCGCAGUCGACAACAGCGCCAGCGCCAACGGUGUUAGCACAACCAGCUGUUGCAUCGUCAGAUGAGCCGGCAGGUGCAGUUAGCACUACAACUACAACGACACCGCAGACAACGACAACUACUAGCACACUUACCACGACCACUAGUAGCAGCCCGUCUGUACCGUCGCCGGUAACUAACACCAACAGCGUUUCCACCGCGACUGCAACUUCUGCCUCGGCGCCGGCAGUCAACAGUAUCAGUCAGUCCAAUGGACUACCAGCGACCACCGGUACGACCACGACCGUGGUCAGUGCGACUCCAACGUUGGCUACUACCACCAACACCAACAGCAGCAAUACGACCGGCACGUUGCCUCAGAGUAAGAUCGGUACCACGGAUAAGGGCGGCCUGCCAAAGGCCAUGAUCAAACCGAACGUCCUGACCCAUGUCAUCGAAGGCUACGUGAUACUGGAAUCGAACGAACCGUUCCCGGUUCAGCGGCAACGCUAUCCCGAUUGGGACACCAGUGACGAACCACCGAAAAAACGCAUCGCCACCGAAGCCACCUCGCCGAUUUCCCCCAGCAACGCGCAAACCAAUCACCAGCCCCAGUCGGAUAUGGGCAAUUGCGAAAUCUGCGGCAAGCCGGAACUGCGCAGCAAAAUGAAGCGGAAACGAUUCUGCAGCGCGGACUGCGCCCGGGCAGCGAAGCAGAACAGCACCGACCAGGUGACGUCACCGUCGCACAACGGUACCACCGAGUCGCAACCCUCGAGCACCGCCAACAACGGGUUCGACCAUCACGGUCCGUCGGUGACGACCACCGUCAAUCCGGUGGCACCGUCCAACAUCAAGCUGGAACGGUUGGAACCGGUGGAACAGUCGCCCUCCAUCCAUCCACCUCAGUUUGCGGCGACUCCGGUUGAAACGGGUGCGGCUACCAUUCCGUCCGUUGCGGCACCCAGUCCGGUUGUCGCGGUCGCUGGCGGGGAGGAAGCUUCGCUAGUGAUGAAAUGGUCCGUUCAGGAUGUGCGUGACUUCAUCAAGAAUCUGCCCGGCUUCGGUAGCUACGCGGAGAACUUUGCCGAGCAGGAAAUCGACGGCGAAGCACUGAUGCUGCUGGAGGAGAAACAUCUAAUCAAUGAAACGAUGAACAUGAAGGUGGGACCGGCCGUUAAAUUUUUGGCCAAAGUGCGAUCGAUGAUUGCCAGUACUAAUCCAGCGGACGGGCAGCAGCAGCAGCAGCAGCAAACGCAGCAGAAUCAAUAGCAAGCUUGUAGUUGCUGAACUUGUGAUUCGACGUUGUCUCAUUCUCAUUAAGAUGGUUGAUUGCGUUUUAUCGAUAGACUGUACUUUAGUUGGUUUUUUUAAUUGUACUGUUACAUUGUAAAUAUUGAUUUAUUGUUUAGCACCCAUUUAGUCGUCCUAGCUUUUUUACUAAAACUGAAAUCAAACAAACGUAUUUCUGUAGAGCAACAAUAAGGUUUAAGCAUUUAGAUGGCACCACUAGACUUAGCUUUGUAUGUAGUAUGACAUUGAUGGCCGCUUAUCACGAACGGCCAUCAAAACUAAUUUAUUAUAUAAUUUAGCAGAAUAUCCUGACGAAAGAAUGCAUGAAUAUUUUAUCACACUACAGAAAUAGGAGCUAAAAGUGUAAACAUUCUAACUGAUGUAAAUAUUAUUUACUGAUAUUCCUCUGAUUCCUUUCACUACUUUCAAUCUGUAGAUUAGAAAACAUAAGGAAAAAUAAAAAAAAAGAAUUAAUGGAGGAAACAAUAAAAUAGACUAAUUACGCAUCGAGAAGCAAAUCAUUGCCAAAUUUUUAUAGUAAACCCACUUUAUCUGGCUUCGCCUGAAAGAGCGAUAUAAAAAACUGUAAAAAGUAAGCAAAGCAUUGAUUCUUAAUUUUCCUCUGAUAGUACUAGUACUAGGUAUUUCAGAAUCGUGCGAAUGUAAUUCAACCCAGAAGGAAUUAGAAUAAAAUUAUG